AUGCAGUUCAAGACCCUCGCCAUCGCUCUUUUCGCCGCCGCGGUCACCGCCGAGAGUCUGCAAGAGCUUAUCUCGCAGAUUCCGUCCUGCGCGAAGCCGUGCUUAGACAGCGCCUCGACCAAGGUUGGCUGCUCGACCACCGACAACAAGUGCCAAUGCAGCAAGAUCGACGACCUGACCAAGGAGGCUAUUACCUGCGUGUCGACUUCUUGUAGUGCCGAUGAACUAGUUGAUACCACAAAGCUUUCCGGAGAGAUCUGCGCAAAUGUCGCGGCUGCCGCCGGUGGUGCUGCCGUUUCUUCGGCCAUAUCGAGUGCUAGCGCUGCUGCCACGUCUGCGAUCGGCUCUGUUAUCGGCUCGGCUACCGAUGCGGCUUCGACCCCAACUGCGACCCCCGGAGCCGGUAACCGAGCUGUUGCCGGUCUAGGUUUUGCUGCGGCCAUAGCUGCUUUAGCUCUAUAA